GGGAAGGAGAAAAGGUGGUUGCCAAACGAAAAUUAUUGGCGGACGAGGGUGUGUUCUUUGAUAAACAAGUUAUUAAGAUGGCGGUGCCUUUGGUUGAUGUAGAAAAACAUUUUGAGCAAAUACUAAACAAUGAGGAAAUAUUACUUAAUCUCCAAGUUGAUACUCCCCUGCGGAAAAAGAUUUUUAGCGAGGAAUUGGAUGAGAUAAUUUUGGGACAAGUAGAAUUUAGAAUUAUGUCAAGACUAGCAACAUUAGAAAAAAAUCUAAACAGAGAUAUUAAUCAGCGACAGAAUUACGCUGAACUAGUAUCUUUUUAUAAUCGUUUAGACCAAGAACAAAAAGUAGAAUUUCGCCAUAAACUAGAAAAAAUAAUUAAACAACCAGUUUUGCCACAAAGAAUUGAAAAAUAUCUCCAUUCUUUAAAUCAGAAAGGAUAUGAAAGAAUGCUGAUUUAUGUUAAAUUGCUUUUGAAAAAUGGAGAAUCAUCAGUGAAAGAUUUGAGUCCUUUUUAUGAAGAUAUAAUUAGUGAUUUAAAAGAAUUAAUGAAACGUGUUAUUGAAUAUGAUGAUGUAAUUAUUCACUUACGUCCUUUGAUUGCUGGUUGCAAGAGAGUUGAGCUUGGUGCAUCGCUUCAAAGGGGGCAGUUAAGGAAAAAUUUGAAACAAACACAGGAAGAGUUGCUAGAAAAAAUAAGAUUGUUAAAAAAGUUAGAUGAAGAAAUCGAAACUCUAAAACAAGAAUUAGAAGGCGAACGAGCCGCAGCCCAAGAACGCCCUGCCAGACACCUCAGUUUUUUGGGACAUCAAUAUCCCCAACAAUUUGCUGAACUAGAAGCAAGAGGGAAUUUGAAUGCCAUUCGCCAAGAUUUAACUGAAAAACACAAUGUAGAAAAAGCCAACCACCAAACCACCCAAAAUGAUUUAACUAACGAACAAAAGCAAAACCAAAUUCUCCAAAAUAAAAUUCAGCAA